AAGUUAACCUUGAGCCAAAACUUGUGUUAAAUACCAAUUUCUGCUAAAAAUUAAUAUGGCAACUUUUGCCUCUCCACUUCUUUUAUGCUCAUUUUAAAAGCUGCCACCUUGUGGGUGGGAUUUGGUGGAAAUUGUGUGUUUUAAAAAGCAUUUUAAUUGUAUUUAUUAUAUUUUAAUUGCAUUUUAACAUAAACCAUGCAGUACUAUUUAAUUGGGUUUUUUAAAUUUUGCAUUUGCUUUGUUUUAAAUCGAGAUCAAAGUGUGUGGUUGUUAUUCGUCUUCAGUCUCCACGAGGAGAAAGGCAGGAUAUACAUAAAGUAAAUAAAUAAAAUAAAAAUAGUUUUCUUUACAUAGGCAGCAGAAGAACUGAGAAGAAAACCAAACUCUCAAUGUUUUGUUUUCUAGUAUUCUCAGAGAUUUGAGAACUAUGACCUCUACACUUGUUUGUGCCCUUGUCUUUUACCCUACAAUAGUUGCAAGAAACCUUCCUAACAUUUGUACAGGACCUUGUUGUCCCACUCCAACAUGUACACCCCUAUGUACUUUUUUCCUGUAUUGGAUUUUGGAUUUAUCUCUGGAGGCAUGCCUAACUAUUGUCUUCCUUGUGUUUGAACAGGCAGCCACUAUGUCUCUUAAGGAGCAACAAUUAAUGAAUCAAUCUUCUCUGUCAGAAUUUCUUCUCCUGGAAUUCUCAAAUGUUCGGGAGUUCCAGAUACUACAUUUCAUUGCAUUCUUCAUUUUCUACCUGGUAGCAGCUGCAGGAAAUCUUCUCAUCAUUGCUGCAGUAGCAUCUGACCACCAUCUGCAUAACCCUAUGUACCUCUUUCUGAUGAAUUUGGCCAUACAAGAUGUGGGGCAGAUUUCAGUCAUUAUUCCCAUAUCCAUGGCUAAUUCCCUUAUGAAUGACCGGCACAUUUCUUAUUCUGGAUGUGUUGCUCAAGUCCUUUUCUAUAUCUUAUUUUUAUCAUCUGAUUUCUUUCUUCUAACAAUUAUGGCAUAUGAUCGAUAUGUUGCCAUUUGCAAUCCAUUGCAAUAUGAGAUGGUGAUGAACAGGCAUGCCUGCUUUCAGAUGGUAACUGCUGUGUGGAUUAGCAGUUUAUGCUAUGGGAUUUUACACACUGGAGGCACUUUCACACCCCGCUUUUGCUCCAAUGUUAUCAAUCAGUUUUUCUGUGAAAUCCCACAGUUACUUAAGCUGACCUGCUCUGAUGUAUACCUUUUUGAAAUUGGAGUGGUUUUAUUAGGAGUAUUUGUUGGGGUAGGAUGCUUUGUUUUUAUUGUAGUGACCUAUGUGCACAUCUUCACUGCAGUGCUGAGAAUCCCUGUUAUCCAGAGAAGGAGAAAAGUUUUCUCAACUUGCAUUCCCCAUCUCCUUGUUUUUUCCAUAUUUAUAUUCACUGGUGGUUUCUCUUACGUUAGAGCCACCUCUGGUUCCUCAUCAUCUUUUGACUUGGUCCUGUCCAUGAUCUAUUCUAUGGUUCCACCAUUAAUGAAUCCAGUAGUCUAUGCAAUGAGGAACAAAGAUAUUAAAAAUGCUCUAUCUAAGUUAUUAUCACUUAGGUACUUUACUAGAAAGUUCUUCUCCAAUCUCAUUCACCAGAGUAGUGUAGAUAAUUUAAAUAACUGUAGUUGAUGGUGCAAUGGUGAGGAAGCUUUCUUUUGUAGACUAGAUACUGUAAAAAUUGUUUCCAUUGCGUUAUGUGUAUGCAUUCAGAAGCAACAAAGGAACACAUUUUUGUUAUUUUACAAGUUUAAUACAUAUUUUGAUAUUGCAGCUCUUUCUUCCAGUGGGUUUUUCUUUCAUCCAAAUGUCUUUUCUUUCACCAAAAGUAAACCUGAGAUUAUUAAAUGAAUAUUGUUGGACAAUUUUUAGCAAAGCAUUAACGUCCCCUCGUUCCCAGUGCUAGAGAUCAUAAACACCCCUUCACACUUUCUACAUUAGAGGUGGAAUCAUGUAAUACUCCAAAUGUUGCAGGAUUUAGAUUUCAGCAUUCACCAUCUUUGGCUAUGUUGGCUAGGGCUGUUGAGUGUUACAGUUCUCCAGCUAUUGGAUGGCUCCUGGUUUCUUACCCUAACUCUUUUGGGCUUUCAGGGAAGAAGAUGUUUCAAAGCAUCUGUCGUAAAGUCAAGAUACCAUAUAUACUCGAGUAUAAGCCGAACCGAAUAUAAGCCGAGGCACCUAAUUUUACCACAAAAAACUGGGAAAACUUAUUGACUCGAGUAUAAGCUGAGGGUGGGAAAUGCAGCAGCUACUGGUAAAUUUCAAAAAUAAAAUUAGAUACCAAUAGAAUUACAUUAAUUGAGGCAUCAGUGGGUUAAAUGUUUUGAAUAUUUACUGUAUUUCAAAGAAAAACAGUAAACUAACUCUAUAAGUGGAAAAACAAUCAUAACUUUAUCAUCAUCAUCAUCAUCAUCAUCAUCAUCGUUAUCAUCAUCAUCAUCAUCAACAGCUUCAUUUGUACCCUGCCCUAUCUAUCUCCCCCUGGGGACUCAGGCCAGCUUCCAACAUAGUAACAGGCAAACAUAUAAUGCCUACAUAAACAAUUCAGAGCUAGAUAUAGA